AAAUUAUUUUCGUUUCGAACAAUACGCAGUUUAUGGUAUCUGUUAUAUUUAUCGCUAAUAUUUAUGAUUUUACGUUAAUUCGAUUUACUCUGUUGCACAUUCCUUUAUGAUUUUUGAACGAUUUUCACGUGCGUGUACUGUAUAUAAGGGAGUACAUGUGUAAAAGCGUCACUCGAGGUCUGUAUUUGAUAGAAUACAUUUCGAAAAAUGACAGAAGAAAGCAGUUCAGAUUUAAAGAGGGCUCUUAUUGGAGAAAUGCAAGAAAUUUUCGACCAGAAGUUUUCAGAAUUGAAACACGAUUUGAAAGCAGAAGUAGAGUGGACAGCUGAAACUUCAAGAAAAAAGGUCAGACUUAACAAUUCAAUUUCUUUCUCGAGUGCUGGAAAUAAGAAGCAAUUUGAUUUUAACUGUGAAACUUUAGAGCUGUUAGACAUUUGUGAUAGAGCAGUUAGUAAAAGAGAUGCUUCAAAAGCUAAAGCAAGUUUUGAAGGAAGCUAAAGAAAAAUUAGAACAUAGAAAUAAGAUUAUUCGUAUUGCUGAUAGUUCCUCAGCUGGGUGGGGUACAGUUAAUGAGUAUGAGUUGUGUGACUUUGCUUCUGAUUCGGAUGAUGAUAGGCGUAUUAGAAAAGCAGAGGAAAGAGCUAUCAAUAAGAUUGAAAAACGUAAAAAAGCUGUGUCUUCUGAUAUUUUCAGCCCUUCUGGGCAGUCUUCUUUUCGCAGUUAUAGAGGAAAUAGCACCCCCUAUUCGAGAGGACCCAUGGGGCGGCGCUUCGUGCAGUUGGGGGAGGUCGUAUGCUAUAAAUGUGGAGAAGUUGGACACUUCGCAUCAGGUUGUGCCACCGAAUACGGAGUUGCAACAUCUAGAACCGGAUCUCGUGGUCGUGGAGCAUUGGGACCAGUCGCCACACCCUCUUCUCAGUUCAUCCCGCAGCAACAACAACAACAACAACAACAACAAUUCAGUGUGGACUCAGGCAUGCAACAACAGCAAUCAGCAAAUAGAAAGUGAUUCUGAUGAUAAGCUUAUUCAAUUCGAAGAGAUGGAGUGAAAUUUCCCGUGUUUGUCAGUACAUUUCCGAUCGACCGGUGGAACUGUUCUCAGAUGUGAAGGACACAUUAAUAGCUGCUAGAGAGAACUCUACUGUUCGUAAUUAUCAAUUACUGUUUAAAAAAUUUGCCUCAUGGUGUAAAUCAUUUAAUCUUAGAAGUUUACCUGCUUUACCAGAAACGGUUGCUCUUUAUUUAGUUACAGUUACUCAGGAUCGUAAUGUUGGGAAAUCUAAGCUAAAUUCAAUUUUUUAUUCCGUUAAUUGGGCGCAUAUUAUUUCGAAUGAAAUUAAUCCAUGUACUGAUUCCUGGCUGAAGCUUUGUUUAUCUGGUUGUAUUCGCCGUACAGCUAAACCAGUUAAUAAAAAAGAGCCUGUGACUUCUGUUAUGUUGAAAAAGUUUGUUGAGGUUUUUGCUUCUGAGAGCAGUUCCCUAGCUGAUU